GUAUAGCAUUUUAUUUUUUCUACUUUGUUGGAGCCAAGCCAGUCAGAGAGCUCUGUGUUAUUUAUUUAAUCAUAUAUUAAUACUUCAUAUUUGUAUGUCCCUGAAAUCAAGGGUGAGGAGGGGGGGGGGUGUUUUGGUCUGUCUCUAUCAAUUGUCUUUUUUUUUUUAUCUGUUUGCAACUUUAACCUUGGUCAUAACUUUUGAACUUCACAUUUUUCUUGAUUGUCGAGAAUGAAUUGAAAGUUCAGGGUUAAAUCAGCGUGAUUGAUAACUCAAUAUCACAAUUGAAUGUGGCAGCACUUAUUUUCCCCAAACCAAUUGUUUUUUCGUUUUACAGAUUGUAACACUGUUAUCAGAUUUCAAUGUUUUCUUCAUUCAUUUAAUAUUUUGAAUGAAUAUGAAAACGAUUUUCUGUGAAUUUAUUGUUUUGUGCAAACAAAUGCUGCAGCUAAUGUGGAAAUUGAUGCCUUGCUGUAGGCAAGUGUAGAGUCUAAGAGUGAGUGUGUAUAUGAUGUGUCACUUUGUAUAAGGAAAUAACACCUGAGGGUGUUUUAUACCUGAUGUUUAUGAAUUUUUUGUCAAUUUCUGUGUUUUUGGUAUUAUCAGAUGGUGUUAUUAAUAUCUGUGUGUUUUUGGUAUUAUCAGAUGGUGUUAUUAAUAUCUGUGUGUUUUUGGUAUUAUCAGAUGGUGUUAUUAAUAUCUGUGUGUUUUUGGUAUUAUCAGAUGGUGUUAUUAAUAUCUGUGUGUUUUUGGUAUUAUCAGAUGGUGUUAUUAAUAUCUGUGUGUUUUUGGUAUUAUCAGAUGGUGUUAUUAAUAUCUGUGUUUUUGGUAUUGUCAGAUGGUGUUAUUAAUAUCUGUGUGUUUUUGGUAUUAUCAGAUGGUGUUAUUAAUAUCUGUGUGUUUUUGGUAUUGUCAGAUGGUGUUAUUAAUAUCUGUGUGUUUUUGGUAUUGUCAGAUGGUGUUAUUAAUAUCUGUGUGUUUUUGGUAUUAUCAGAUGGUGUUAUUAAUAUCUGUGUUUUUUUGGUAUUGUCAGAUGGUGUUAUUAAUAUCUGUGUGUUUUUGGUAUUAUCAGAUGGUGUUAUUAAUAUCUGUGUGUUUUUGGUAUUAUCAGAUGGUGUUAUUAAUAUCUGUGUGUUUUUGGUAUUAUCAGAUGGUGUUAUUAAUAUCUUAAUAUUAUUAUUGCUAUUGUUAUUGAUAUAGAUGGGACCAAAAUAGGAGUUUGAACUUUUAUAUUGGUUAUAUAAAGAAAAAAUGAUGUUUGUGUAUUUGAAUUAAAAUCUUUUUGAUAUGUACAGGUGAAAAGGUUAGAAGAUAAUUAACAAACAGAGAUCUCUCUCAUAAAUCCUAUAAACAAUACAGAAUGGAGAACAGAGCAGACACGGACCCCUGGAAACAGGAGGGGCAGGAUUGGGUGCCUUGAAAGAGGAAGCAUCCCCUGUUGAUCAUCCACACCCUCUGUGAACCCUUUGUCUUAAUCAGGAACUGGUUCCCGGCUUGUCAUCUGAGCAGAUAACUGAAAACACUAAAUCACUGAAGCAUAGUGUCUGUUGAAGAAUUGAUGAGGGCUGCAGUUUAACGUGUAGGGAGCGUCAGUAGGGGAGGCGAUGGAUCGUUUAUUGACAGCCUUUGUUAUGUCCUGUGCAAGGCAUCAUGGGAUAGGAGCCUGCAACCAUAGUACCCAACAUGUCCUGUCCACUGACAGUAGAGCAGAUCAGCCUCUGUAGGCAAGGUUCCAACAUUGAUCUUGAGGCUGUGUUUCAAGGGCACAUUUCCGGCAGAAGACUCCAGGGUGUGAAAAGCAACCCAAUAUACCAUGACAAACAUAGACUCACUAGGACAACCGAGGUCUCUGAAAAUGAUUUUAACAUUACUGUCUACAAUAGUUUUCCUUUAAAAAGACAAAGAAAUGUGGAUUAUGGAGAUCCACCUUUCCUACCUUCUGGUGAAGAAAACCCAAACUUCAGUGGAUCUGUUGCCAAGGUAACAAAUUCAACUGAGGGGAACGAUAUGCAACGAGAAAGUUUAAAAGUAACGAAUGGGGAUGUUGUUGUUGGAGAUAUCAUCAUAGAAACAGAUUACAGGAACACUCCUAAAAAUGAAGAGGAUGCCAUAUUGGAAAUGGAAAAACUUACCAAGGCAAAGCAUUUGUAUGGUGAUUCUGUGGCUAGUGAAAAUAACAAUGUUGAAAAGUUGAACAAAAAACAGGAAUUGGAUGAAAUGAAACUGAAAAAUGUAAAUGAAGUGAACAAAAAGGAUGGUGACCAUUUGUUGAAAGAAAGUACAAAUGUAACCAAUGGGAAGUCAACAGGGAUGGAUGAGAGUAUGACAAGAGGAGACAAAGAUUCUGAUUGGCCAGAGAUCGAUGAUUUAGUUGUAUCUAAAGAAACAGAAUUGUGUGACACAGUUAAAUGUGAAAGUGAAAAUGUGAGUGAGUCUUCACCUCAUGAGAAAGAGAAUGGAUCUCUAACUCAGGAAAAACUGAAUGGGGUUUUAUCCAAUGGAAAUGCAGACUCCAAUGGACUCCAUGUUAAUGGAAAAAUUCCAAAUGGAAAUCAUCAGCAUGAUGUUAGUCAUUUGGAAGAGGAGACUGAAACCAAAAAAUCAAAGAAAUCCAAGAAAAACUCUAGAAAGAAAAAAGUUCGAGAGAGGAAAAAUUCUCUACCAGAUCACAUAUUAAACUCUCUUGCUAUGAAACCUAAAAAACCCAUCUUAAUCCCUACGUGUUCUGAUGCUAAUUCUAGCUCAUACUCUGAUGGAAAUCGCCUGAACUCUUCUAUCACAGAGCAGAAAAGUGUGAAAUUUUCCAAAGACACUGUGUUCAAUGAAAAUAAACCAAACAAGUAUCGCAAAGAGAAAAUGCAGGACCGCUGUAAACCGAAUGGAAUGGCCAGUUCAAAUCCUGUGUUUGUGGAUGACAAUGGUUUUGAGAUCAGUCUUACAGAUGAUGAAAAGGUGCUACAUUUUUCAAACAGUAGUGACACCAAUAGCCAGCUGAGUGAACUGAACGUCCCGGGAUACAUGAAGGAGUAUGUGAUAGGAUCAGAAGAUCUCCCACCUGUCACGAGGACCCCAAUGUCCCGGGCCAAACUGCAAGGAAUAGAAGACAUCGAAAAAAUCACAAGCGAUACCACGUAUAAAGAUUUAGAUCGAGAAUUGUCCAAACGGCAUCGUAACAAAGUGAUCCGCUUGGUGCUUGCGUGCUUCGUUUUUCUCGUUGUCAUUGGUGUAGUCGUUUUACUCGUGGUUUAUUUCGGUAAACCACAACCCAAAAGUUGACACAGAAAACGUACACCUGUUUGUUUCAUUACAUAAUUGUUAACAUUGUUACAAAAUAUAUUAUACGGAUUUCACGAGGGUAUUAUCAUUGUACAUAAGAUUGUUAAAUGUAUUUACAAGGUUUUAUAUUUAUUAUGUGAUUUUGUUGUUUGAACCUCUGAUAAAUAUGCAUUUUAAAUGUUCUGAGCCAGUAGGUUCAUUUUUCAUGUCUUAUCAUUUUGUAUGAGUCUCUUAAAUUGUUUUACAAGCCAAUUUCUAUUUUAUAAAGGAGUAUCAACAUGAAAAUUUUGAAUUGUAUUUAUUGGGUGAUUUUAUUGAUUGCAAUGUUGAUAGUUUGAGAUGUUUUAUUUAGAUGUGAGUGUCAACAAUCAAACAAACACAUAAGUGCAUGUAUUUUUAUGAUAUCCGUAAAAUGCAUUUUAUUUUGUGGUAUGAUAUUAUAAAAACUAAACGUUUGUUUUUGUCUUAACAUUGAAUCAUUGCAUGUACUUUUUCAAGGGAUUUUGUUGCACAAACAACUCCAUACCCUGCAUAAUAUAUACAUGUUUAUUAUAUACUUUCAAUUUCAUCUCUUCUUUUUUCUUUAAAAGUUUGCGGGCAUAUAUCACACGAUAUAUGCCCGGAAACUUUCCGGCCCGCAAACAUUACGUCACAAUCAAAUUUCUACGCCGUUAAUUAUAAAAAAUUUCGUGUUUUUCAUCUUUUACUCAGUUAAACCGAUAAAGUUAUUGUUAAAAAUAAAAUUAUUGUUAGUUUCUAAAUGAAAUUGAAAGUAUAUAAUAAAAAGGUUAUAGACUUUGUAUGGGAAAUAUGACGACCUCGUUUUUUGUCGCGAACGGACCUCGCAAGCUCGGUCCGUCUACGCGCCAAAAAACUCGGUCGUCAUAUUUUCCCAUACAAAGUCUAUAACCUAUAAAUAUAUCACAUAGCCACUUCGGUAUACAUACAUUGAUAGCCACUUACACAAUCUUCAAAGGAAAGUUUUGAGUUGAGCUAAACAUAUGUAUUUUUAUUCAUCAAAUUUUGAUUAAGACUCCAUGAAGACAAUAAAAUCAUAAUUUAUAAAA